AUGUUAUCCGACAAACCAACGGGGAUACCAAACUGGAAACCUCUCUCCUUUCAACCUCUGUAUCUUCUCAUUCUGAUCGCCCUUCAUGUUGCGUCAAUCGCGGGCAUCCAGAUAGUGGUGAGUAAACAUGGCCAGGACAUCGCAGACAUCGAUCUGGUCCGACAGAACACGACCAACAUCAACCCCCACAGCAUAUUCAUCUUCGAGGAGAACAGUGCCACUGCCUUUCUAGCCUGGCAAUACCUCCCCGUAGCCAUAGCCACCAUAAUCGGCCUAUGCUGGGAGACCCUCGACGUUACUGUCCGGAAACUCGAACCGUUCCAUCAACUCUCCAGCGAGGAGGGAGGCGACUGGUCCAACAGCAUAGGUCUCGAUUACGUCGCCCAGUUCAGCUUCUUUGUGCCGUACAUCGCUCUCAAGAACAGACACUAUGCCGUCGCCGUCGCUGCAUCCGUAUACGUCCUCUCCGCAUCGAUCAUACCAGCCCUGACAGGCGCCAUGUGGAGCAUCGAAUGGGGCAGUCUCUCCUACUCCUCCGACCGAGUUAAUGGACCACGAUACGCAACCGUCUCGAUCAACCAUGGGUUCGCGAUCGCAACCCAAGCCCUGCACGGGCUCGUCACAGCAGGUGGCAUCGUCCUGCUCUUCGUCCUCUGGCGCCGCCGCACCGGCCUCUACCACGAUCCCCGGGGGAUAGCCGGUCCGGUCUCGCUAAUCAGCGAGGCCAAGCGCUGCGAUUCCAAAAUGCUCACAGUCUUCGGCCAGAUCCCGUCCUUCAGCAGCUCCGACGUACUCGCCCGCUCGCUCAAAGACAUCCGCUUCCGACUGAAGCACAUGUCGACGGCGCCAGAGGACGGCACUCUCGGCAACGCAUAUCAGCUGGCCGCCGACUCCGCACCCGCCAUCGUCAACCGCAGCCAAGACAGCGUCUUCCACCACAACCGCACCGACGCCUCUGGGUGGUGGCUCCAGAAGCGCGCCGUCUGGGGCGCCGAGAUCUUCCUCUGGCUGGGGCAGGCGGCCAUCGCAGCCGCGAUCUACAAAGUCGCGCAGGUAGUCGCUCCCGACGACGUCGCGGAUCGCAUGAAGCCGACCAUCGCGAAGAUGGUGUACACGCUGUGCACGACGAUCGGCGGCAUGAUGUGGCAGAGCAUCCAGCGCGAUGUGCAGCUGUUCGAGCCGUGGCGACAGCUGGCGCGGGGACGCGCUGCGUCGGCACUGGAGACGCUGGUGGAGCGAGACGUGUCCCGGUAUGGAGUGGUUCGUGGCGGCCUUUUGAGCCUGCGGAAGGGCUGGCUGGUGUCCGUGUGGGCGUCUUUUGCGGUGCUCAUGGUGCAUGUCGCGACAGUUUUUAUCCCGCCCCUGCUGGAGCUGGUGUAUGCGGCUGGCAUGGUGGACGCCUCGCCGUUCAAACAGCGCGAGAUCGGCGUGCUGACGGGCUCAAAGGGGCUCGCUUUGGCGAUUACCGGCAUCGCGAUCCAUCUUGUCAUCUUUUGCAAUUUGGUCUUUCUGUUGUUGAGCGGGAGGACGAGGCCGUUCAUGCCGCGACGGCCGGCGACACUGGCCAGCCAGAUCUUGUACGUGUGCCGGAGUGACAGGCUCUUGGAUGCGUUUGCCGGUACCUCUAUGGCGUCCAAUGCGGAGCUGGCGCAGCGUCUGAGCAGCCAUGGAGGGACAUAUCGCUUUGGAUGGUUCUUAUGGCCGUGGAGGCGGAUCUGGUUCGUCGCAGUGGAAGAGCAGACACCAGGAGCAGCGUGGAGAGAGUUUGAUUUCACCAGAGGGACCCAUGAUUUCCAAUAUUGCAUUAUACCAUCCAUUCAAGCAUCUACAAUAUCCGCAGUCGGAUAUCGGUACCAGAACCCCGCCGAACCAAACCCAUCAUUUUUUGCUCCAUUUCUUGUCUGCAACACCCACUCAUACUGCAUACUGCAUACUCCAUACUCCAUACCCCAUACCCCCAUACAUACAACCAUGGACCCAGAAGACCUCCACCGUCUGCUCCAAACAGACAUCCGAACCGAACUCCCCUCCGACACCGUCGCCCGCAUCAUCACCCAGCCGCCCUUCGUCUCCGUCCCGGGCUUCAUCAACGUCCGCGACAUCAGCAGCGUCGACUCGGCCGUGCGCCGCGGCAUCGCCUACCGCUCGGCGGCGCCGCCAGUCGCGCUCUCAGCCGAGGCCCAGCGCGCCCUCGUGCACUCGCUCGGCGUCACCACCAUCUUCGACCUGCGCCGCCCGCUCGAGCGCGCCAAGCUGCCCAACCCGGUCAUCGACGGCGUCCAGACCGUCUGGCUGCCGUACGCCUUUGAGGCGCCGCCGCCCACCUACGCCGACUUUGGCGGCCGCGACGGCGGCAUGGAGAGCUUCACCCGGCUGUACCGCAGCUAUCUCGACACGCACGUCCCCAUCUACAAGCGCGUAUUUGAGCAUAUCCGCGACCGGCCGCAGGAGCCGUUCUUGUUCCAUUGUUCAGGUUUCUCUUUCUCUUUUCUCCCAGGACGCGCUUUCGGCGCCGGCAAAGACCGCACCGGCGUGCUCGCCGCGCUGAUCCUCCGCGUGGCCGGGUGCGCCGACGCCGCCAUCCUCCACGACUACAUGUUAACGCGCGCGGGUAUCGAGCCUGCGCGGCCGCGGCUGUCGGCUAUGCUGCAGGCGCACCAUGGCGUCGAGGCGGACGAGCUCGAGCGCACGGGUAUGGCUGCGCUGUUUGGCGUGCAGAUGCAGGGUAUGCUUGGGUUUCUGCGCGCGCUGGACGAGAUUGGCGGUGCUGAGCGGUAUCUGCAUAUGCGACUGGGGUUGUCGGAGGAUGAUGUGCGUGUGAUUCGGGGGAAUUUACGGGUAGACGGGGUGUAG